AUGAGAGUAAUCAUUGGAGGAUAUCCGUUGGAGAAGUAUAUAACAAAUUUGACAAAAAUGGUCGUUGAGUAUGAGGAGGAGAAUCCAGAUUUCCGUUGUAUACGAAAUAGAAUUCACAUGUUACUUUUUUUGGGAACUGUUGCUCAAGUAAUAGUAUUAUUUUCUGCAGCUAUUUUUAGUACUCAAACUGUUCUUGAAACAUUUGAUCAAGGUCAUCAUCAGAAUUGGUUUAUCCGAAUCCUUAUUGUUUUUGCAUUAAAAAUUGCUGCAUUAUUGUUAUGUGCUAUUGCCUUUUACGAAGUCUAUAUCUUUAACUUAUGUCGGCGAUAUUUUGCAAAUAUAAAAGACAUUGACUUGGCUUUAGAUAAGGAGGAAACACAUGGACUAAAAAUUCAGGGAGAUAAUUGA